AAAGUCAAACGCCAAUACUAAACGUUAACCCCGCCCGGCCGCCCGGCCGCCCCAAGUAAACUGCGACUAAUCUUAGAGAAUUCCGUCAUUGAACAACGAUCGCUGAAAAUACAUCAAAUCUAGCCUUAUGUUCAUCGCAGCAGUCAGCUUUUUAUCUUGCCUGAGAACUACCGAUACGACCAGCACUCUGAAAAUGAAAUCAAUUAUUUGAGGCUUUGUCAACUUCAACGAAAAUGACGACUCCACCAGCAAGAGUCAUCACCAGAAAUCGGGAUAAAUUGGCCUGCAAGGAAUGUCGGCGGCGGAAGCUACGAUGUGAUCGCUUGAAGCCGUGCAGCAGUUGCCUUCGUAGGGGCGACGAAACAUCUUGCACUUAUCAGCCGCCCGCUCCAGUAGCAGAUAGAUCGGAGCAACAAUCUGAGACACAGGCACGGCUCGAGCAUCUUGAGCAGCUUGUUCAACAGUUGGCAUCACAGGCAAGCCAGCCCCAGCAAAGCAGUCUAUCUUUGACGCCACCUUCUCAAGGUUUUGAAGCUGGUGGAAGCGGACAACAUAAUAUCGUUGGAUCGAGUUGGGACGCGUCCUGUUACAAUGGUGCAACGCAUUGGUCAGCUAUGUUACACGAUAUUCAGGAGCUCAAGUUAGCGAUGCCAAUUGACGACAUGCUUGCAUCGAAUAGUCAAAUUGAUGACGACGACGAAAGUUCCGGUGUAGAAAUACUGUUUGGCGGCGCGACACCACUACCUCUUGACGUUGUAUUGGCGACGUACAUGCCCGCCAGACAAGAGGUGGACAGGAUGAUUUCAGCGUACUUCAGAGCCGGAGCGGUUAAAGCACCUUUCAUACACGCGUCCCAAUUUCGACGUCUAUAUCAGGAAUUCUGGCAGGCUCCUAGCGAAGCUUCGCCAUUAUGGAUUUCUAUAUUAUUCUCAAUUUGCCACAUAUCAGCGAACGCGCUCAAACAGCACGGGAAUGGCCAAUGGUCCAAGAAUCAGUUCUCGGUGGCUGCAGCACACUGUCUUGCGUUAGGACACUAUUUCAGGCCAAGGAACGUUGCAGUCGAGGCUCUGACAGUCUUCAUCCAAGCUCAUUGCUUGACUAGCAGAGAGCUACCUUCAGAUAUUGGUGCUUUGGUCGGCCUCGUCAUCCGGCUCGCUACGAAGAUGGGUUACCACAAAGACCAGUCGCUUUUCCAACUCUCUCCUUUCGAGGACGAGAUGCGCAGAAGAACAUGGUCGUUUUGUAUGCAACUUGAUGUCAUCAUCUCUUUUCAUCUUGGUAUACCAACUAGUGUUCAGUUCCCUACGUGGGAUACCAGAGCGCCACGAGCCCUGCUUGAUUCUGAUUUUGACGAAAACUCAGUCCAGUUACCACCAUCUCGUCCAGCCGAAGAUGUUAGUCACAUGUCUUUCAGUAUUGCUAAACACGCAUUCAUGGUCGUUUUCGAGAAGGUCCUCCGUCACACCCUCUCGGCUAGUCCCGAUGUAUCCGAACUGGACGGUUUGGAUGCGGAAAUUCGAGCUGUAUUUUCUGCAUUGCCAGAACCUUUGAAACCUCGACCUAUAGCGGAGUCGGUUGUGGAUUCAGCUAGCCUGAUAGUGACACGGCUUUGUGUUUCUUUCGUCUACUGCAAAUGCCUGUGUGUACUCCAUCGUCCCUAUGUGACACAGAACUGCCCAGAGAGUAUCGCAGUGUGCUAUGAGGUCGCGUCUCAGCUAGUUGGGGGGUUCACGGACGCCUACUAUGAAUUCACAGCGGGUGGACAAGCAGAGACAGAGAGCUGGUUCUUGAGCGCCAUCAGCUGGCAUGACUUCUUAUUUGGGAUUAUGGCUCUGUGCCUCGUGCUUUGCGCAUCGACAUGUGGGCAUUACAACCCGACACUAGAUGUGCAAUCUAGCUUGAAACUUCUCGAGAAAGCUCGAAAACUGUGCAGGGAUCAGGAACAAACUCGACACAAGGACACCAAGCGAGUUAUGGUACUCUUGGACGCCGUCAUACAGCGACUUGGUGUUAGGGAUGCCUUCGGCCUGAAUUUGUCCUUCAACGAACCUGUCAAUAUGCAAAUGAAUUCAACGACUGGGGGAACUGGACUGUUCCAGAAUGCUGCACCUUGGGAUUCCAUGUGGAAUAAUGAUGAGAUCAUGACUGGUAUCGCACAGGAUCCAUCCUGGAAAUAUUUUCAGCAAUUUCUCAAUGUUACUGUGGCACCAGAGCUUUGAACGAUAGCAGCAGUAUUUCACGUAGAAUACAAGCUUAUACCAUCACCAAAUUUCAUUGAAUAUAAAUAAA